AUGGUCAAAAAGAACAAUGAUUGCAGCAAGGAGUGUGAGAAGAACAUAAAACAAGAUUCAAAAUAUCUACAGCCGAAGUGGUGUCCUUCAGGUUUGUCUCACACCCAAAAGAGGAGGCUGCAAAGGAUGCGCAAGAAAGAAUCCAUGGAACAGCAAGCAGAGGUUAUACCAACAAGGUCGACGACCAUGAAGCAGGAAGCUCCAGCAAAGAAGGUCCCUGAAGAUUCAUUGAAGAAUUCAACGCUCGGGGGGCAAGAACAGAAGAAGGGCGCCAGCAAGGAGUGUGAGAAGAACAUAAAACAAGAUUCAAAAUAUCUACAGCCGAAGUGGUGUCCUUCAGGUUUGUCUCACACCCAAAAGAGGAGGCUGCAAAGGAUGCGCAAGAAAGAAUCCAUGGAACAGCAAGCAGAGGUUAUACCAACAAGGUCGACGACCAUGAAGCAGGAAGCUCCAGCAAAGAAGGUCCCUGAAGAUUCAUUGAAGAAUUCAACGCUCGGGGGCAAGAACAGAAGAAGGGCGCCAGGUUUGUCUCACACCCAAAAGAGGAGGCUGCAAAGGAUGCGCAAGAAAGAAUCCAUGGAACAGCAAGCAGAGGUUAUACCAACAAGGUCGACGACCAUGAAGCAGCUACGGGAAAAUUGGGAGGUCGAGUUCAGGCCACACCGGUUCCCCUACAAGGAUCUGCAUCGUGCCACAGAAGGAUUCAGAAACAAGAACUUGCUUGGCGUUGGAGGGUUUGGGAGGGUCUACAAAGGUUUGCUUCCUCUUGCUGAUCUUGACAUCACUGUGAAGAAGGUGUCACAUAACUCAAUCCAGGGCAUGAAGGAAUUCACCGCUGAGGUUGCGAGUCUAGGUCGUCUCCAGCAUCGCAAUCUGGUGCGUUUACUUGGCUAUUGCCGAAGAAAAGGUGAACUCCUUCUGGUGUAUGAGUACAUGUCUAAUGGAAGUCUUGACAAGUACCUGUAUGAUCAAUACAAAAGACCAACUCUGAGUUGGCCUCAAAGGUUUAAGAUCAUCAAGGACAUCGCAUCUGGCCUACUCUACCUCCAUGAGGAGUGGGAGAAAGUAGUCAUCCAUCGAGAUAUCAAAGCAAGUAACGUGCUCCUCGACAGUGGGAUGAAUGGACGGCUAGGCGAUUUCGGCCUAGCAAGGUUGUACAACCAUGGCACAGACCCACAAAGCACUCAUGUGGUUGGUACAAUAGGUUACCUAGCCCCAGAGCUUGCACGCACAAGCAAGGCAACCCCUCUGACAGACGUCUUCGCCUUUGGUACAUUCAUCCUUGAGGUCACUUGUGGGAGAAGGCCUAUUUUCCAAGAUGCUAUUGGCAGCCAGAUUAUGCUGGUUGAUUGGGUGCUGGAGCAUUGGCGUGGAGGAACGCUUGCUGACACGGUUGAUGCAAACCUCCAUGGUGAUUUCAUUGUCAGUGUGGCGUGUCUGGUGCUCGAGUUGGGGCUCAUGUGCUCGCAUCCUUUUGUGAAUGCAAGGCCCAGCAUGCGGCAAGUGGAACAGUUCCUGAGUAAGGAGGUACCACUGCCAGAGCUGAGGCCUACCAACAUGAGCUUCCACAUGCUGGCACUAACGACGCAGAACCAAGGAUUUGACUCAUAUGUACAAUCAAAUCCAUCGUCUUCUAUGGCAAGCAUCAGUACAACUUCUCUAGCCCCUUAG